AUGGAAAUAUCUUUUAAAAGGAAAGCAUCAACACCUGAAUCGAACUCUGCUCCUUCAAUGCCUUACAAAAUUGAUUUAUACGAUCUUCCAUGGGAUCCAGCCGAUAGGAAUAAGGUUUUGGAAUGUCAUCCUAAUCAAAGGGAUGAAAUAAAGAGAAAAUCCUUGAUUAAAGGACCUUGUCAACCACGAGGACAAUGUGGGAGUGAUACUUUUGUAACAGAUGGCUGUAAUAGUUGGAAUAAAACGAAAAGACUUGGUCUUCAUGUCGACGACAUUAAUAGUUUUCACAAUAGAGCACUUAAGAAAAAUGAGGAUCUAAUGAGCCAAGAUCGAUCUAUUACCGUUGCCUUUCAUAAGCAAACUGAGAAGGAGAAGAAUGAGCACCGAAUACGAUUAAAUGCUUUAAUUAAGUUCUGUAGAUUCUUGUUGAAGAAUGCAUUGCCCUUUCCUGGUUACGAUGAAUCCGAAAUGUCUAUUUCUAAAGGCACGUUCUUAGAAACAUUAGCCUUAAUUGGUAAUUUCAAUGAGGAUGUAGUUGAUGAGUCUAGUGACGUUUAUAAGAACGAACAAAUGGUGGUGGUUUUACGAUAUGUUGAUGCACAUGGUAUUGUUAAAGAGAGAUUUUUUGGUAUUGUUCAUGUGACAGAGACAUCUUCUUCAAUUCUUAAAUAUGCCAUUGAUACUUUAUUUGUUGAACAUGGAUUGAGUUUGAAACAGGUAAGGGGGCAAGGUUAUGACGGAGCAAGUAAUAUGUGCGGUGAGUUCAAUGGAUUAAAGGCCUUGAUCUUGAAUGAAAAUAGCUCGGGAUAUUAUAUCCAUAGUUUUGUUCGCCAACGUCAAUUAGUUAUUGUGGCGGUUGCAAAUAAACAUGACGAAGUUGAGAACUUUUUUAAUAUGUUAGGAAUGGUGAUCAAUGUGGCGAAUGCUUCUUGCAAGCGUAAAGACAUGCUUCGACAAAGUUAUAAAGAUAGAGUGCAAGAAGCAAUUGGUAAGUGUGAAAUUGAAAUUGGAACAGGGAAGUACCAAGAGCUUUCUCUUAUACGAGCCGGAGAUACACGGUGGGGUUCUCGUUACAAAACCAUUCUGAGCUUGAUUGCUUUGUUUCCGGAUGUUGUUGAAGUGCUCCAGUAUGUUGAAGAGGACGGGAUAAUGGUUUUAGUCGCACUCAAGCAACUGAACAAUGGCAGGAGAAAAAGAGGGGUGACGAAAAAGGAUAUGGAGGUCAGUGGCAGGAGUGCCAAGGACAUGGAGGCCGACAGUGAGGGAGCAUCAGAUGUGUCUUAG